UACUGAAUGAUAGCUUUACGUUAAUGGCCGCCCCCAUCUGACGACACGUUUAUAAAUGUCAUUUUUAAAUGUAUCUUUGUUAACGUCUUAGAUAACUAUAUGAAAUGUAACUCCAAUCAAGAAUACGUGGAACUUAUUCAUAUAUUUUAGAGAUUUUGAAGUUGAAGGUAACAUGGCUCAUCAGAAAAAAAAUCACCACCGAGGAAAAGGCAAAGCUUCGUACAAACAUGACCGUUCAAAACAGAGACAGAAAAAGAUGGAUGAGGCAUGUGCAGACUUCUUAUCCGAUAUGUCACAGGCACUGGAAGAAGCUGGGGAAGGCAGGUUCCCCCUCAGCCUUGCUAUGUGGGACUUGGAACAAUGCGAUCCCAAAAAGUGUAGCGGUCGGAAACUUUGUCGUUUGGGAUAUGUUCGAACACUAAGUCUAAAACAAAAAUUUAAUGGCCUGAUUCUUUCACCAAUGGGAAAGAAAUGCGUCUCUGCAGAGGACAGAAACAUCAUUGUGAGUUAUGGUCUAGCUGUUGUUGACUGUUCCUGGGCGAAGCUUGAAGAAACACCUUUUGAAAAGAUGAAGGGAGGCUACCCACGUCUAUUACCAUACCUUAUAGCGACAAACCCUAUCAACUAUGGCAAGCCAUGUACUCUGUCGUGUGUGGAGGCCUACGCUGCUGCUCUGUAUAUCACAGGUCUUGAGGAACUAGGUGAGGCACUGCUGGCAAAGUUUAAAUGGGGCAGCUCAUUCUAUAAAGUAAACAAGGAAUUGUUGUCUCUGUAUGCUGCAUGUAAAGAUGGAGCAGCAGUCGUACUCGCCCAGCAGGAAUACUUGGAUAAAAUACAGGAGGAGCGACGCUCACAACACAACACAGAUUUGACCGAUUUAGACAUGACCUUAGAAGGGUACAACCCAAACCGUCCCUUACACAACUGGCCAAGUGACAGCUCGUCAGAGGAGGAGGAGGAGGAAGGGGAUGAGGAGGAAGAGGAGAAGGAAGAAGAGCAGGAAGAUGAGGAUGACAAGGAUGAGGAGGAACAGGAAGAUGAGAAUGAUGAUGAGGAGGAGGAGGAGGAGGAGGAAAAGAAAGUGAAAUCUGAAGAAAUUAAUGAUGACGUUGAAAACAAACAAAGUGAUGUUAAUGUUGACAGAGACAGAAAACAAGAUUCUGUGAAUCUCCAGAAGGGAGAUGGGAAAUCAGAACAUAACACAGAGGAAUUUGUGAAAGUGACUUAACAAAAAUUGAGAAUAUGGUGUUGAUAUUAUAUAAUUAUGGAUCUAUGAUACAAUGGAACCACUUGGGAACUUUCCCAUAUCAGGGAAAUAGUGGAUCUAUUCCCCAAAGUUAUGGUUGCAGCCAGCUAAGAAUAUAAUGCUAAUGCAGGCCAUCCUGCUGUAGUACCUUAAGUAAGCUUUGUUUAUUCACCAAUGGCACUGAUUACAGGCAAUUUCCACACAAUGGUAGGGCUACCAUGGUGAGGACUUUAUUGUACAAAUGUCACUGACCAUUUCUUGAUGUUUGUAAAACUGUAAAACACAACCUGGAACAUUUUUCAUUAUCUGUGUUAGUCAGAAAUGAAUUGUAACACCAUAAUUUGGGCGAUGACAUUACAGCAUAAAUUGAAGAUACUGCAACAAAAUGGCUGCCUCCGUUUGAUUUUAUCCUUCAUAUUUUGACAUUAAAACCUGUUAAAAUUUUAA